CUUAGUUAUUGUUAAAAAUAAAAAAAUAGAAUAAUAAACAAAAAGAAGACUUAAAAAUAUUGUAGAAGAAAUACAUUUAUACAGAAUAUAUACUUUCACAGUCUAUCGAUCACCCGAAUAAAAAGAUACAAUAUUGAUUCGGAAUGCGUCAAAUUGAAAAUUUGCUCGUUGCUCCAAUCAAUUCUUUAUAGAGAUAGUAAUAGAUUAUAAGGAUAAAAUGAUUUCCUUUUUGGUUCCAAACGACUGAGCAUCAUCAUAGGACGAGUUAAGAGAGCGAGUGAAUAUGUGCCUCUUUUCGCAAAUAAUUUAUAAAUAUAUACUGUUUAUAUACAAUUUUUAUGAUAAAAGACAAAGUAAUUUGUAAAAUUUAUAGGUUAAGACCAAAUGGCCUAACUGUUUUCAACAGUCAUUGCUCAUGUGUGUGAAUGUUCCUCUUGUUUUCGCUUAAAAGUUAUAUAUAUAUCUCAGCGACUGAGCAGUGAUGACGUCAUUUUGCGUUAAAAAAAUCACUUUCUAAAUUUUAAACAGUAAUAUGACUUUUAAUCAGUAAAAAUUUGUAUAUUAUUAUUUAAUGUGCAAAUAUCAUAUACAUAUAUAUUUAUAUGUAUAUAUAUUUGCGUAUUAUUCACUUCUAAAUAUAAAUGGAUUGUAAACAGAAUCCCCCCACUAGACGGCAGAGCUUUCCCAUAACGACAAGAUGGCCGACGUUGAAGUGAAUAAGCCAGCAUCUGCUGAAAACGUUACGUCUACGAAUGAGGAAGCCCCAGAAGCUAAAACUGAAGUCACUUCUCAACCCGAUCCUCCUACUGAGCAUGGAAUCACAGAAAACGUUCAGAAAAUAAUAGAAGGAGAGAAACAAGUAAGUACGGAAGAACUUGCUGCUAAAAAGGCUAAAGUCGAUUUGCAAUCAUUGCCGGCUCGUGCCUACUUAGAUCAAACAGUCGUUCCUAUUUUAUUGCAAGGAAUGUCAGCUCUAGUGAAAGAAAGACCUCCGAAUCCAAUUGAAUUUUUGGCCGCUUUUUUGAUGAAAAACAAAAACCAUCAUGACCAAUAACUUUUUGUGGAAAGAUAAUUUAAUAGUGUAAUAUUGUUUUUUUUUUCCUUUAUUUUUGUAGUUUUUUUGUCAAAAAAAAGAGAUAAAAAAGAACAUACUUCAUAUUAUUCUCUUCGUCUCAUAAGUCAUUCAUAAUUAAAUAUUAAGUGUCUUAAUAUAUGUAUAUACAUUUUGAGAUUUUUUUUCUCGUGUCUUCCUCGUUUGCUUCAACAAUGUAUUAAUGUAUUUAAGACAAGUCAAACAAAGAAUUAAAUUUGUUAAAAACAGAACCAAAGCACACUUUACCACACGAUAAGAGAGAUAUAAAUACUGAAAAAUACUGUAUAACAAUAGAAUUAUAUACAUUUACUAUUUAUAAGAGCGUAGUAUAAUUUCAACAGCAAUAGACACAACAUGUAGAUUAUAUAUCAAGUAUAUAGAACAGGUACGAAAUAUGUACAGUAUGUUCUAUAUGCUGUAUUUGUUAUAUAUAGCAGAUUGGUACAACUUCAUAAUCGAACUUACUUAAUCAAAAAGGAAGACAAAAGUGUAAAAGUUCUCUUUGGAAGAAAAUUAAUCGGCUCUAUCGAUCCGAUAAAGAGAUAGCAGUCCGUCUCUCUCUGUCCCUUUCCUACCUCACCCUUCACCUCACUCUUCCUAUCGAAUCGUUUUUUAUUAUUUUCUAUAAAUAUAUCAUACAUGUUGUUCUUUAAUAAAAAAUGUUUUCAACACAUUCUUGAAUUAUCAAUGAAAACGAAAGUACUAAACAUUAAAA